AUGAGAUUGGCAGGAGUCGAGUGAGGCAGAUCAGUCGGUCAGAGAAGAAUUCUGCCUGACUCUGCGUAGUAUCUAUCGUAGUACAACUGACCUUGUCGAGAAUUCAAUCUAGUGCCACCUCGUGUGUAAGUGAGACGCUCGUAUUAGACGCGUACAGCGUCGUCGGCAAGCGCCCCUAAACACGAGCAGCAGUGACAGUCCAAACAUAGCCUCAAGGUUUGAGGCAGCCGCAUGUUAUAAUGAAUCGACCGAACCCAUUCGCGUCCAGCAGCUUCUUCAAGCCAGCAGCGUCGCUUCUUGGAUCCUCCAACGACUCCAGCACAGCGGCAGCGCGACGCAGAAGCCUGUCACUUGAUGACUCGGACACGGAAGCCCAGCGACACACCCCUGAGCCACCUCCCUCGCUAUACACCAUGAAGGAAGCAUCUUCCACCAUUCCCCCAAAUGCUAAGGACGCCUUCUCGGAGCCGAGUUCACUUGCGACAAGUCUCCGUGCUGGCACGUCACGCUCACAAUCACCGAGCGCGAAGGGCUCAAGUGCCGCACAGUUUGAAGAUGACGAGGAAUAUGAGAUGCGCAACAUUUCUCAGAGUAGACCCCUGGUCGCAAAGAGCAAUACAGUCGGAGAGCGGAGUAGUACACAAAGUAUCUUUCAGAAGGGUGGGGUUGGUCAGUUUCUGUUCGGCACAGUUGUUGGCUGGAGACUAUACCUGGCUCUUUUGGUCUUCUGGGUCGGAGGCUGCCAAUUUGGCACUCUACUUAUGAACCGCUUCAUUCUAUGGACGGGCACAUAUAAGUUUCCUUACCCACUCACCUUGACACUUCUGCAACUCUGCAUGACUCACCUGUUUCUGCUGGGCUUUGCUGCUUUGACCCGAGGACUUGCUGCACCUCUAAGAAGCAUUGGCCUUGGUGCUGUCGUAGCCCCUUCGAGGGCGUAUAACAAAGGCAACAGACCCACUAGGUACACCGGAGGCUCACGAACAAAGUCUGUCUUGACCAACAUCUCCGACUGGUUUUUGCACGGUUCAGGAGGCAUUGCUGGAGGUGGUCUGUUUGAGUAUCAGCACAACACAGCCAAGCAUGUCUUUCCCGUCGCUGUGGUCUUUCUCGCCAAGACUGUUCUGUCAAACAUCUCCUUUGCAUAUGCUGUUAUGCCCAUGUACAUGAUCUCCAGGAUCGCCGUUGUCCCGUUGACUUUGAUACUUACCGCCGUUCUACUUCGCCAAAAGCAUUCAAUUCAGACUAUGUCAGCGGUGAUUAUUUCCACACUGAACUUGCUCAUGACAAGCAUACGUACUGGAGAGCGAAACCCAUGGGAGUCAGUCGUAGCUGGAGCUUUCAGUUCCGCUUUCGUCGCGCUGUAUCCCAUCCUGCUUCUACGCAGUUAUCGUCAACUCGUAUCCGACCUGGUACCUCAAGGCGACUUGCUAAGCGUCUCAGACUCACGCAUGCCCGCCAUCAGCACAGGCACAAAGGAGGAAACACGCGCAUACUGGAGAAUCUUACACUACACCUCCUCCCUCACAAUAGCCAUGCUUAUCCCCUUGUUACUCAUCUCUGGCGAACUCAAGCAAAUUCACCGCAACUGCUACUUCUUGGAUGUCCCAUGGUUCUGGUUUCUCAUGUCCUGCGCAUCUCUCGGCGGCUUUGGCGUCUUCUCCUCCUUCUUACUGCUGGUGAAAGCUACAUCACCUCUCUCGGCGAACUUUGUCUCGCUGCCCAGGAGUGUUUUCCAGAUCGCGGUGUUGAGUAACUUCAAGAUGCCAGCGCAUAGCUGGGUCGGAGCUGGUCUUUGCGUUCUCAGUUGCAUUUGGUAUUGUCUUGCCAAGGUUAAGGAAGGAAGAGGUAGAGGUGCAGUUAGUGGUCUUUGAGCAUGCGUUCUACAGGCAUAUAGUGUUUAAUAAUCCAUCACCCUGGCGUCUUUCGCUCUAGACCUGAAUGAACUUUCAAAUGCGCGUG